GAUGUUUCCCUCCUUCAUUGUGCGCGCGCAGCCCGAGUCUUCAUCACAUAAAGCGCCUGAACAUCUCACACACGCGCAGUCUGGCAAUGCUUUUGCGCCACUGCGUGCAUUUUGGACUAUAACACUAAAGUUUGGCUUCUGGAGCACUCUUGCCCGUCCUCUUCUUCAAAGGUGUUUUGAUGUUACCAACAGAAAUCUCAGGAGGAGUGUGUUUCAGCACUAGUCAGCACUCCAAAGAAGGAAGGAACGGAAUGAAAACAGAAGAAAACCAAUCAUGCCUUCAGCAGGCCCCCUCCGCCACACCUUACGAGCACGUGGGAGGAGGUGAGGUGUGUGCAGGGUGCAAGUCUCCCAUCGCGGACCGCUUCCUUCUGCGCGUCAAUGAACUGUCCUGGCAUGAGACGUGUGUCAAGUGUGCAGUGUGUCGCAGCGCGCUGAGCGGGACCUGCUACUGUCGCGACCGCUUGCUUUACUGCAAGCAUGAUUACGAGAAGUUGUUUGUGCGGAAGUGCAGUGCCUGUCUGCAGGCGAUCAGCCGCUCGGAGCUCAUCAUGCGUGUGUUGGGACAGGUGUACCACCUGGGCUGCUUCAGCUGCUGCGAGUGUGAGCGCCGGCUGCAGAGAGGUGAUGAGUUUGUGCUAAAGGAGGGACAGCUGCUCUGCCGGGGAGACUAUGAGAAGGAGAGAGAGAUGCUGGCUGCCAUCAGUCCGGCCCCUACCGAGUCAGUGAAGAGUGAGGAUGAGGAUGGUGGUGGUGUCUCUGUUGGGGGGAAGGCUGGGGAUGAUGGGAAGGAGCACAAGAGAUCCAAGAGACCACGAACCAUCCUGACCACACAACAGCGGCGCGCCUUCAAGGCUUCCUUCGAGGUGUCUUCCAAACCCUGCCGAAAGGUCAGAGAAACUCUGGCAGCUGAGACUGGACUGACGGUGAGAGUCGUGCAGGUGUGGUUCCAAAAUCAGAGAGCAAAGAUGAAGAAGAUCGCUCGCAGACAACAGCAGCAGCAGCAGCAACAGCAAGAACAGGAGCAGAUGGGCGGGACCAGGAGGGGCCCGAGCAGAGGGGGCCGCCAGAGUAACGAUGACAGCGAGGAUGGCUCCAGCAGUCACGGACUGGACGCGCUGCUCUCAUAUUCCUCUCUGCCACGCCAACAACUACUGGCUUUGGAUCCCAACAUAUACGGUAGCGAGCAGUUCCGACACGGGCUUACGCCACCGCAGCUAGGCCCCGAGCAGAUGCACUCCUACGACUCCGAGACAGUUUUCCAUGACUUGGACAGUGAUGGAAGCCUCAGUCAUCUCGGGGACUGUCUCUUGUCGACUGCCGACGUUGGAGUUCUGUCAGGACGGAUAGGAAAUCCCAUUGAUCGCCUCUACUCGAUGCAAAACUCCUACUUUACCUCAUGACCCUGGUUCCACCUACCUAAAGCGCUCCUCCACCACUGCAGGGGGCAACAAGUAGAUUGAGUCUCAUUGGAGGCGUCUUUCAUAGUCAAAACUAAUUGAAUCCCUCAAUCGUAUCUUAGUCGUGCCAAUAAAACUCUAACCAACCAAACCAAAACAGGGUCACACCAUAAAAAUUCAAUUUGACAUGGACAGAAUGGGAACUCACUGGAAAAACAUGUUUUAAAUCAUACAUAUGCACUAAAAACUAAACGUUUUUUUUGCGACGGUCAUAGGCACAUAACAGACAUCAAUGGGCAAAUGUUCAUGUAAGUGUUACCUCACCUCAUUCACUACAGAGCACUGCAGUGACAUAUUGUUGCAAGCUAAAACCCAGAAACAAAUUAUUAUUUUAGCACUUCCGGUUCCACUGUUCUGAAGUCAAUUGGUUUUUUUGAAUGAUUUUUUGGUGAAAUGCCCGAAAUGAGGUCUGUGGUUAACAUAAGCGCAAAAUAUUUUCACAUUUUAUUCCACAACAUAAAAUAAAGCAGUAAUACCUCACUAAUGUUUUUUAAGCUUUUAAGUGACUUGAAAACUGCGGUUGUUACGAGUGGCUAAAUGCAUAUUUGGGUCGAAAUAGUUGCCUUCAUAGCCUCAUAACGUAAACUUUUAGGGAAGAUGUUUUUUAGAUUUAUACUUCAGCCGGUUGUAUUUAGGCUUAAAAAUUCAUAAAAGUUCAUUUGUGAAGAUUAUCGUGAUGAACAAAACAUGUAGGAAUCAUACACUUUUGUUGGCCACCGAGCUUAUUUUAUGCAAUUAAAAAUAUGCUACUUGGUUUUUGCUG